GGGAUUGCGCGAGCUCGGUGUCAUUCAAUCAUUUCCUGAUUCCCGAUCAACCGAUCUCUACUUCUGUGGGGGGAAAACGGUGUUAACAGUUUGUGCCAGCUGACGACUCAGUUAAAUAACGUUAGCUUUGUUAAAGAUUUGUUUUUUUCUUGCAAUGGCAAAACGCGCUUAGCUGAUGCAUCAUCACCAAAUGCAGUCAGAUCUGAAACCUGGCUGGCCCUCCACUUGCAACUCGGGAAAUAAUAACGUGAACUGCAAUAACAGUAUGGAUGCUCCUCAGUAUCCAGGCUACCCUUCACACUACUGGUAUCCUCAGUCUCAUUCCACAGGACACUAUGCAACUACCUAUCCCUCUGGAUCAGAUGUUCAGCCACAGUACAAUCCACAGGUGAUGCCUGGAGGUUAUCCAAAUGGCCAUGGUGUCUACAGCCCAGCACAGAGUCAAUAUUCAACAAGUGGUUUCCACCCGUCCAACCCUUUCUACUGUGCCGACCCUCAGAGACCAGCUCCAGGUCCUUAUCCCAACCAGGGCUGUCCAGCAGAGCAGAGCAGUGGGCCGUCUGGGCAGCCGCACUCCCAGCACCAACAUCACCAACAUCACCACUAUCCUGGACCACACUGUCAAGGGGGUCCUGGAUAUCCUCCUGGACCAUACCCUCACUAUAGUGAAGGUGGUCAUGCAAUGCCUCCAAACCCCCCAUACCCUACUGGCCAGUCUCUUCACCCUAGCCCCCAGGCCGAGGCUUGGGCACACUCUGGUGCAUAUACACCCUCACAGCAGCAGUGGCAGCCUGGCCAGCAGCCUCCACAAAACCACUAUGGAAAUCCUGUCCGUCCACCACAUCCCCCAGCGUGGCCAGGGACUGGAACUGGUGCUCCACCACCUUACCAACCCAAGGACCAACAGCACCAACGUGCCCCACAAGUGGGACUCAAACCCAGGCCAACCCUGCCCCCGAAUCCCUCCAACGGAAAACCCACAGAAAUCAGUUCCCCUCCCCAAAUGUACAACAAAACGGGGAGAGGUGAGCCCAAUCCUUCACGAGGUGAGCCCCCGCCCCCUGCCCCUGCCUCAGCCCAGGCGCCAGCUCCCGGCCAGGCUGGACCUCAGCCCCUGAGCGAUAACCCCAGCCUAGCUAAGGUCCACCAUGUCAUGGCCAGAGUGCUCCUGCUUCAGGAAGAUGUUGAUGAGUUUGUUGGCAAAAAAACAGACAAGAGUUACCGGUGUCUGGAGGAACUGCUGACCAAAGAGCUGCUGGAGCUGGACUCUGUGGAGACUCAGGGACAGGAGAUUGUCCGGCAAGCCCGAAAGGAGGCUGUACAGAGGAUCCAGGCCAUUCUGGACCAGCUGGAGAAGAAAGCCUUCUGAACUGGACUCAUUCAUUGGUUUGCGGGUCUCUAAGUCUUGCUGUUUUCUUCUUCCAGAUCUUCCAUGGACACAAUGAGGGUCUAGAUUUGUUCUCGGAGCUGUGUUAUGUUUCAGGUUUUUUUCCCCCUACCAUCAUGAUAUAAAAGGCCUGAAGCAAGUGACAAGGACCCGAGAACAAGAUAGAGCAAGUAUUGGUACAUGGAAUCAACCUUAAAAGGCUAAUUACGCUGGUAUAUGUGAUUUGGUGGUGUUAGAUCUGCAAACUGAUGGUUGUACAUAUCAUAAACGGACUUUCAGCCUCAGUGAGUGACUGAGUCUUUACUGUCUUUCCCAGCAUAAUGCAGGGCAAAGUCGCUGGAAGGUGGAUUUAUUUAGUGCCACAUUGCAACUGUUAGUGGUCUCCAACCUGUGAUACAGAAUCAGAUUAACGUCAUGCUGUCCCUCAGGAUCGUGGGUCAGUUUGAAUCUGAUCCUACAUGUAACAACACGUGCACUUCCUUAGCUGUCCAUUAUUGUAUUUCACAGUCCAUUUGCAUGAUCAUAAUAUUGUCCUCACCACUAAUGAAGUUUAUACACUUAGUUACCCAUAGUCACUUACUUUAUCGUGCCUCUGCAGCAAUUGGUGCAAUGCUUUCCUUUUCCAUUGUGUUCCCAGCCCUGCAUGCACUGUAGUUAUAUCAGACGAGCACUGUUGAACUGAAAACAGUCGUGACAUCUCAGAGCUCAUAAUUGGGCCUGGAGCCGUAGCAGAUUAGUGAAAAACCCCUAAAGAUUGCUGUCCCCAUUAAUUCCAUCUUUCGGAUGAAAUUGCUUCCUAAGUGCGGACCUGUGAAUCAGACCUACAUAUGAAUGCCAUGUAUUUCACUCCAGGAACUGCUGUUAUUGCAGAUAUAGUACAAGGUUAAGAAUUACUUGAAAAGUUGUUAAAUUAUGUUCUUUUUCUUCUGCCCUUUUUUUGAAUACUUUGAAUAUGUAUGAUUAAGCAAGUGAAUUGUAUUUUCAUAAUUAAGUGUUCAAUCAUUGCUGUAAAGGAAAAGAUAUACUUUAACAUUUUCAGUAAUGUGUGUUUGAGGAGGAUGUUGGUCACAGCACUCAAAUCAAAUAUCAGUUGAAUUUGGACCUUGUGUCUGUUUUCUAUAGCACUAAAAUCCCUGUUCUAUCAAAUCCUGAUUGCACCACAUUCACAAUUUAUUCACGCUUAAGUAGAGCAGGUCUUUCUUUUUUUUUUUUUUCAAUCAUUGUUGAUGUAUUGAUUUAGGAAAAAAAAGCGUGCCAUAUUUCCAGGGAUGGUUUUAUAUAAUUAGAAAAAUAAUAAAAAUAAGAUUACAAGCUUUGCAUGAAAAAAAACCCAUCUGUCAUAUGUGUUCAUUUUCCUGUGCUGUUAAGUUUCUGUUUAGAUGGAGCACAACUGUACAGUUUCAGAUGUAAUGCAUGUUUCCAACACAAGAUGGGAAUCUUCUGCCUGAUAAAUACUGAUAUUAUCACAACUGAGAAAACCCCCCCAGAAAUAAUUAAAUGUGAGUAUAUUUUUUAA